AAAUAAACAUUACCCGAUCAAAACAUGCGGAUCGAAUGCGCAAUUUUAUGGUAUUGAUUGGAAACGGUUAGAUUACUUUAAAAUUAAAAGCAUUCACUUUGAAAAUCAGUGAUAACGCAGCCUUCAUACGCUACACACGUCGCGAUGGAGAUAUUCCGCAUAUUUAAUGCGAAAAUAACUCUUAUUACCGUCGUAAUAUGGACAGAAGUGGACGCAGUUGGUGAAAAAGCGUACGAAGCUUGCAAAGACUAUGGAAAAACAAUGCUGGAAUGCCACAAUGUGUACUAUCCAACGUCCAGAGUAAGAGUUCCGAUAGACUUGUUACUUUACCCCCAUAUGGUAUUAGUAGGGUUUCGAAAACCAGGUAAGGAACAUGAUGAACCAGCCUGGAGGUGUGGAGGAUCCAUGAUCAGUGUUGACUGGGUGCUGACAGCUGCUCAUUGCGCGGAAGACCCCACAAGCGGACCAGCAUCAGUUCUCCUAAUAGGCACAGCUACGUUCGAGUUUGAUGAAGCUACAGAAUUAGAGCAAGAAAGAGAAGUAGCGAAGAUCAUCGUCCACCCUGACUUUAAACCUCCUUCUAAAUACCAUGAUAUAGCUUUAAUGAAAGCUAAUCAGCCUUUCGUUUUAAACAGGCAUUUAAGAAUCGCCUGUUUACCGACAAGCGAAGAAAUACCAAAUUUAAAACUAACAGCAAUUGGCUUUGGAACAACAUCAUCAGGAUCAGCAAAAGGCAGUCAGACGUUGAUGAAAGUAGAGGUGGAUAUAGUGGAAAAUUCAAUUUGUAAUAAGUCUAUGAAGUUCAUGAUAAAAAGAAAGAUUAUAGCUGAUGGGAUUACUGAUAAUCAAUUAUGUGCUGGAGAUUAUUUACAUGGCGGAAAGGAUACUUGUCAAGGGGAUUCUGGUGGACCUCUUCAGUACAUGCCAGAUAGAGUGGAUUGUGAGAAAACAUUUCCCCUCCACACUGUGGUGGGGGUUACCAGCUUUGGAAGGGAUUGUGGGAGGAGAAUGGCUCCAGGGGUGUACACUAGGGUGUGGAGGUAUAUGGAGUGGAUAGAGGGAAUUAUUUGGCCGUAAUAGAUUCUUAAGUGUAAGGUUAAAAAACAUAUUAAUGGCGGUUGGCACUUACGCUAUUAUUAACGCCGCUCCAAUACAAUUCCGGUGCUAUGCGACGUAAGCGACAGCCGCCAUAAGGUACCUUUUUCCGUCGAACGUCACAUAUUACCGUGGGAUUAUCAGCUGUUCGAAAUCAUAGUGAUGAAAAUAUUGCCGAUACGCAUGUGAUGUGAUUGACAUUUAUGUGUGUGUUUUAGAAAAAGCAUAGAAAUAAUGGAAUCGAAAAGAAAUUAAGUUAUUUUAUAUACCGACAUUCUUAUGGCACAUGUGAAUAUAGUACCAAUUAUAGUAGUUAUGAAUAUAGUAGCAUAGUUUAGUUAUGAAUUACUAUAUAGGUAUCAGUAAAAUUAAGUUAGAAUUUAGUUGCAGGCACAUAUAUGUACUUAUUAAAUAAUUGUGUUUGAUAAAUAUAUUUAACAAUAGAUAUGUGGAAAUUGAUCAUUUAAGAGCUUUAUAAGUAAAUAAUAUUUUACAGUCAGCAGCAAUAGUUGCUAAGCGGGCGAGGUUGUCAAAAUGAUCUUGGCGCGACUUUAUUGUUAAGAGAAUAAGAGCGCGUAAAGGUAAUUUUGAACACCUCGUCCGCUUAGCAUCUUCUACUUCUAACUGUACUUACUAAUUUUAAUUCAAAAACCGAAAUUCGCUGAAUAUAAUUCCUUUAUAAUAUGAAGAGGACCUCCUUGUUAUAUGAAAUCUAAUCGAAACAACCAUUGAAAACCAAAUAGUAUUGUAAUUAAUAUUCUCCUACUUGUCUAAAUGAAUCCUUCUCAAUAUAUCAACUAGGUGUUUUUUUCUUCGUCUCAUAUUGGUUACUUAAGUCUUUUCCGCUUCCGAAAAUUGAUAUUAAACAAAGCUUUUGUACCAGAAAUUCUGUAUGGCUUAUUUAAUUCGCUAGGGUUGGCAAAAGCAUAACAGUCUCACCUGCGACAAAAGGCACUUUGAACCAAGUUUUGUCAACCCUGAAACCGCCUGGGACCGGGCCGGCAAUUGUGCGAUCGGUUAGAAGGAAAUUGUAUUUUAUAUACCUAUAUUAUAUUAACUACACA